UCAUGGAUUUAUUUCGCUGUCGGCUCACCCGUUCAACAAAACUGGCACUUUCCUGGUACUUGGUGUUAGUUCUCUUCAUAUUCUACCUCAUCAUCUGGACCACGGUGCUUCACCCACUAGCCCUGGCUGAGGGAAACGUGGAGAGACUCGGAGGAUCUUUGCCCGGACAGGAUCCGUCACAGAACAACUGUCUUCCUGGAGUUUACAGUAAGGAGGAGCUCAAGCCUCGACUUCAGAGGCCUCUCCAGGACCCCAGAGCCCCGGGGGCAGAUGGAAAACCCUUUGUGUCUCGACAAAUGACUCGUGUGGAGCGAGAAGAGAAAGCACGAGGGUUUGAGAAAAACCAGUUCAACCAGUUUGCCAGUGAUCGCAUCUCCUUGCACCGUGGUCUGGGCAUAGACACUCGGCAUCCAGACUGUCUGAAGCAGAAGUUCUGGCGUUGUCCCGGCCUCCCGACCACUAGCGUGAUCAUCGUGUUUCAUAACGAGGCCUGGUCCACUCUGCUCAGGACCGUCUACAGCGUCCUACAUACGGCUCCUGCUGCUCUGCUCACAGAGAUCUUACUGGUGGACGAUGCCAGCACAGACGAUCACCUAAAGUCUCGCCUGGAUGAAUACGUGCAGCAGCUGACUAUAGUUCGAGUUUUACGUCAGACGGAGAGGAAAGGUGUGGUGGGAGCCAGACUGAUGGGAGCUCGAGCUGCACGAGGAGAAGUCCUCACCUUCCUGGAUGCCCACUGUGAGUGCUUCACUGGAUGGCUGGAGCCUCUUCUAGCUCGAAUAGUAGAGCAGCCUACAGCUGUGGUGAGCCCAAGUAUCCCCACCAUUGACAGAAACACCCUAAAGUUCACGAAGCCAGACCCUGAAUCUAAGUAUUACAGCCGAGGAAUUUUUGACUGGACGCUGGCGUUUCGAUGGGAUUUCAUUCCUAAAGAAGAGAGGAAGGAACAGAAGAAUGAGACUUCUCCUAUCAGAACUCCUACCAUUGCUGGUGGCUUGUUUGCUGUAUCUAAAUCAUACUUUGCAUAUAUCGGGGCUUAUGAUGACCAGAUGGAGUUUUGGGGAGGUGAGAAUUUGGAAAUGUCUUUCAGGGUGUGGCAAUGCGGAGGUCAGCUGGAGAUCAUUCCUUGUUCUGUUGUUGGGCACAUUUACCGCGAAAACCCCCUCCACACUUUCGCCAACAGCAGCGCUACAAUAGCUCGCAACCUGGUCCGCCUGGCCGAGGUCUGGAUGGACGACUACAGAUGGAUCUUCUAUCGUUCAUCCAGAAAAUCAGCGGCCAUUUUUAAAGCGAAUUCAUUCGGAGAUGUGUCAGAGCGUCGCAAACUGAGGGAGAGAUUAAAGUGCAAGAGCUUCUCCUGGUACCUGAACAAUAUUUACCCAGAAGCCUACAUUCCUGACAUGAGACCUGAUAUGUAUGGACAGUUGGAAAACACUGAUUGGAAAUGCCGCUUGGAUGUGGAGAAUAGACGAAGGACGUCUGCUCUGAAGACCAAAUGUAACCUUAUAGGUGACGGACAGUAUUUUGAGUACACGUCCCGGCAAGAGAUCCGGCUCAGCGCCAAAAUCACAUUGUGUUUACAUGCAACCCCUGGAGGACCUCAAGUGUCUCUAAAACAGUGUCAAGAGAAAGGAAAAGCACCACCAGAACAAGUGUGGAUCUUCACACAGAAAAAAUAUCUGAAGAAUCCCUCAUCUGGCAAGUGUUUGACAGUCGCCAAUGGAAAUGUGGGCAUGGCUAAAUGCUCACCCUCCAGACUCAGUCAGAAGUGGGUCUUCAUCGGUGACUAGUCGUGGAUUUGUGUUUGUGUGUGGAUUUUUCUUUGAGCAAAGGCUUUUUCAAGUCUAUGAUACAGAAACGCCUUUUAGUGGCAGCUGGAAUUCAACAAACCCACAGGAAAAUUACUAAUGUUACAGUCUUUUUUGUGCAAAAUUCUCUCUCUUUGCUUUGUGGUUCUGCUCUUUCAAGCAGAACAAACAGUAUUUCUGAACAUAAAAAGGGAAUUCUGUGACUGUUUGGAAACUAGCUUCUUUCUUCAAUGAAUUCCAGCUCCUGAAACCUUGUAUUAAAUUAGAGUCAGCUGAACUUUAACUUAAAAGAUAAGAUUAAACUUUAUUAAUCAUCAAGGAAAUUCUUUAAAAGGCAGUUUGCAUGGAGCAAUGACUGUGGAUUUUGGCCUUUACCUCAUCUGGCACAAGGACGUGAUCACUUUACUGGCAGUAUGAGCAAGAGGAAGACCUGUGGGUGUGCGACUGUUGAAUGAAAGGUUUGA